AUUCAGAUUGAAGGAUCAUUUUCCAACGAUUAUGGGUUUUUUCAUGCUUGAAGAGUAUGAAACAAAUCCUGAAGGACUAAUCUUACAAGAUGGAACAUGGAAUUACAAAAUCCCUUCAUUAGACACUAUACCAAAACAGCUUAAUGUUGAAAUUGUCAAUAGCGGACAUCACAAGCAUCGUGUUCUCUCUUCGAAAGCUUCCGGUGAGCCGCCGCUGCUUCUAGCAACUACGGUUCAUUGUGCCAUUAGAGCAGCUAUCAAGGAAGCCAGAAAACAGCUUCAUUCAUGGAGAAACUCAAAAGAAAUUGAUAAACCAUUCCAAUUGGAUGUGCCAGCAACCAUGCCUGUUGUAAAGGAACUUUGUGGAUUUGACAUUGUGGAAACAUACUUGAAAUGGAAAAUGGGCCAAGUGUGAAGGUUCUCAAAAUAUUGGGAAAUAAAUUAGUGUGCAUUCUUGUUUGGAUAUGAGGAGGAAUAUGUACUGGUUUUUCGAAGUGUUUUUAUAUUUUAUAUUCCUUUUUAAUUAUAUUGGAAACAAUAUU